GUCGCCCUUUUCAUUCAAGUUAUAGCCGUUACCCAUGUGAUGACCACAAUUAAAAUAAAAUAAAAAUAUUUACUCCGCAAUUCGACCGUUACAUUUACUCAAUUCAAAUUUUCACUCGCCAGAGACCAAAAAGAGUGAAAAUCAUCGAGGAAACAGAAACUACAGUAGCACCAAACAAUCGACCAGACACAGAUGAGAGAAACAGAAGCACUGCCGCAAGAAGAAGAGAUGGAAGUAGAAGAAGAAGAAGAAGAAGAAGAAGAAGAGAGAAUGCAAAAUUUGAGAUCCAAAGCCACAGAACUUCUCCUAAGAGAAGAGUACAAAGGCUCAAUCCAAGUCUACACUCAAAUCAUUUCUCUCUGUCAACAUUGCAUUUCCAAGAAAAGUCCGGACGCAGUCCACCUCUCCAAGCUCCAGAAGACCCUCUGUUUGGCCUUCUCCAAUCGGGCCGAAGCCCAGGCCCGGCUGUUGGAGUUUUCUGAAGCAUUGAGAGAUUGUGAGGAGGCACUCAGAAUUGAGAAAUCUCACUUCAAGACUCUUCUUUGCAAGGGUAAAAUCUUGUUGAGUUUGAAUAGGUAUAGCAUGGCCUUGGACUGCUUCAAGGCAGCAAAUCUUGAUCCGCAGGCCAAUGAGAACUCUGAUGUGGUGAAUGGGUUCUUGGACAAGUGUAAGAAGUUUGAGUUUCUAUCAAGAACUGGGGCAUUUGAUGUUACUGACUGGGUUUUGAGUGGUUUUAGUGGGAAACUACCCGAAUUUGCGGAGUAUGUGGGUGCGGUGGAGAUCAGGAAGUCUGAGAUUAGCGGGCGUGGAUUGUUUGCAACCAAGAAUGUGGAGAGUGGGACUUUGCUGUUGGUGACUAAAGCUAUUGCUGUUGAUAGGGCCAUAAUGCCUCAAGAUUCUGGUGAAAAUGCUCAAUUAGUUAUAUGGAAGAACUUCAUUGAUAAAGUUGUGGAGUCAGCCACAAAAUGCAGCGAAAUCAAGAGUUUGAUAUCCAAGUUAUCUCCAGGUGAAGAUGAGGAGAAUUUGGAAGUUCCAGAGAUUGGAAUUUUCAGGCCUGAAGCAGAGAUGAAUAGUGGAAUUUCUGUAGACAAGCUAGAUAUGGGCAGAAUGUUGAGCGUUUUGGAUGUGAAUUCUAUGCUUGAGGAUGCGAUUUCAGCCAAGGUUUUGGGUAAAAACGCUGAUUACCAUGGCGUUGGCUUGUGGAUCUUGGCUUCUUUCCUCAACCAUUCUUGUGAUCCCAACGUGAGGCGCUUGCACAUUGGCGAUCAUGUCGUGGUUCAUGCUGCAAGAGAUAUGAAGGCAGGGGAAGAGCUAACGUUUGCCUAUUUCGAUGUGCUUUCUCCUCUGAACAACCGGAGAGAAAUGUCCAACAAUUGGGGGUUCCUAUGUAGAUGCAAGAGGUGCAAAUUCGAAGAAAACAUGUGCUACAAGCACGAGGCGACAGAGAUUGAAAUUGCACUUGGAAAAGGGCUAGUGGACAUGGGGAGUCUGGUGUGUAGAUUGGAGGAGGGAAUGAGGAGGUGGAUGGUUAGGGGAAAAGGGAAAGGCUAUUUGAGGGCCUCAUUCUGGGAAGCUUAUUCAAGAGUUUUUGGGUCUGAAAAGCUGAUGAGAAAAUGGGGGAGGAAGAUUCCAGCAGCUGAGGCCGUGGUGGAUAGCGUAGUCGAUGCAGUGGGAAGCGACGAGAGGGUUGUGAGAGUGUUCAUGGAGGGACUAAAGAGAGGUGGGAUCAAUGGUGGGGUGGUGGAAAUGGAAAAAGCAAUGAAAUUAGGAAGAGGGAUUUAUGGGAAGGUAAUGAAGAAACAAGCAAUGAGAAGAUUGCUUCAGUUUAGUGGUACUCAAGAAUAAGGCUCAAGGAUUUGUUCAUUCUUGAUGCUUCUGUCUUGAAGAGGUUGAUCCAGUUUCAGACAUUGUUAUGUUCAAGUCAUCUUGAGCACUCUAACCUUGAAAAUGUUUUGUGUUUUGGUUUAAGGAUUAUGAUGAUAUACUGUUCAUUUGAUUUUCCCACUUAGAUCAUUUGAUCCUUUGGAUUUGUGUUCUUAUGUUUGACUUUGUUGAUGAUUUGUGAAUCUGUGGUUUCUUGGCAACAAGAAGCUGUAAGAAAGAUUGUGGGUGGCAGUCUUAUGUUUAAUUUUGGGGAGGA